AAGUGAUAAUUUUUCGAAAAAAAGUGAAAAAAUACUCAUGGCCAAACGGCUACUUAAAUUAUUGUGGCAUAGUCAUUAAAUAUAUUCUACACAACAUUUUAAUGGUUCUCUUGAUUCAUUUAAAAAAGGCCAAACACAUUGACAAGCCUAUCAACUUGGCACAAUCUUUCACUUUGACACCUAAAGUGGACGUUGUUCAUUUAAGCACCUAAACCAGCUACAAACUGUGUCAUUUUGGCACCUUUCGCUAACAUGACAAUUAUUGUCAUUGUUAUUCUUGUUGGUAAUGUCCAUGUUGUUAUUGUCAUAAUUGCUGUUACACCUGAUAAUCCUAACCUUUGGUUGCAUCUAAUUCUUGUCUGACAGUAUGGUUCUUGUGCAGUGUAUAAAGAUGAUAAAGAGAGGAAGAGAAACCAAUCUAUGAUGAAGACAAAAACAGCUUCUUUGAAGUGCUACUUCGUUAGGUUUGAGUCCAUUGAAACUUGCCAUGAGGGAGGAUCCUAUGUAUUUUCUACCAAAAGGAUCAGUGAAGCAAGGUGUCAGUUCAUGCAUGUACAUAUGGUUUCUAAUAUGGCAAAAUAUGCAGCCAGGCUUUCAUUAAUUCUCUCAAAGACAAUUAAGCUUCAAGUGAAUCUUGCUUCUGUCACAAUUGAAAGAAUUGAAGAUAUACUUCGUCGGGAUGAAAAUGGUUGUAUUAUUCGUGAUGAAGAUGGCGAACCUUGUAUACAUACUGAUGGAACUGGAUUCAUAUCAGAAGAUUUAGCUAUAUGCAUUGUCCCAAAGAUUUUUCCAAAGCAGAAUAUAUAAAAGAUGAAAACUAGGAGGUACACACAAUUUCUUUAGAUAGGAAGGUGUGGAGGCCGCGUAUUAGGGUAGAAGGAUAGUAGGGAAUCGAGUGUUGUGUUGCCUCUAGAAGGUUCAGUUGCUGGUGUUUUUCAUAUUACUAGUAUAGUACCCACGCGAUGCGCGGAAAGUAUUCCAGAAUAAAAAUUAUAAAAAUUAUUAUUACUUUUUUUGCUUGAUCAUAGCAAGUUUCUUCCAUCUUAAAUUACAGUAAAAUUUGUAUUAUGUGCAAUAAAAUUUAAAAUUUAUUCAUGAAUCCAUAAAAUUAUUUAUGAAUUAUUAAUGUCAUCUUUUAAAUUAUGUGUUUUUUAAUCAAAAAUAAUACAACUCCUAUAGUUUAGUAUAAUCUAAGUUCAAUUUUUUUUAGCAUAAUACAUCACCUCAAGCUAUUAAAUAACUAUUGUGCUUUAUAAAUAAAAUUACAUCAGUAUAUUACCAACAACAAAAAAAUUUGCUAUUAAAUUAACAGUAAAGCAUUGUGAAUAGUGAACUAAUAUUUACGUAAAUUCUUUUGAGAUUGCUCAUAAUACAUGGAUGAAAUAACACAACUUUCAAAAAGAGCACUUAUCCUCUUAAGUGUAAAUCCGAGCUAAUAAUUUGUGUAUUCUAGGCACACUACUAAUACCUCUAUGUCUACCUAGAAGGGACUAAUAAGAGCAUUCCACCUAUCUACCUCUGUUUAGUAUUAUCUCUGUUGUACAACUUCUCUAUCUAUUUCUAUCUUUCCUAUACCACUGUACUAUUUUAUGCCCAUAUACUCUGUCUGUACACUCCUCUUUCGUCUGGCCGCAUAUCAUAGUUGUUCGCUGGACUUUGUGAUUCCACAUUGCCUUGUUCCUAGCACUCCAAAUAGCUUAUACCAAAGCAGCCAGAACAGCAAGUGCAAAGCUUCUACAGAGCCUUCGUUUCAGUUUUCUGAACACUCUUUUCCAUAUGUUAGGAUGAGAUGUCUCUAUUAUUCCCUGUAUACCUGGUCACUGCAGUAACUCUUGUGCACUUUCAUAAAGGAUACUUCCUCAGUUGACUGAUCUGCCUCACAUUAGAUUGAACAAUAUACAACAGAACGACAAAUAAUAAAUAUUUUUUAUUUGUGAUGUUCCAUCCAAAUUGAGAGUUAGCUGAAUUACCAAAUGCUAAAUCUUCAUCAGUAUAAUGCAUUACUGCAUUACUGUUCACCCAUAUUUUCGCCAGUAGCGACACUUUAAGGUUCCAUAGUUAUCUAUAAUUUAAAAAUGUGACUCUUCUUAAUACUAUUCUUGAAAUUUACCACAUAUCUUUAUUGUAAUUAAAUGCCAUAUAAGCCAUAAUCACAAGA